AGUCACAGAAAGGGAGAGAGACUUUUAACGCUGCAUAACUAUGAGUUAGUCUUUCAUUGUUGUGGGAGUCAAACAGCUGAUUUAUCAUGUGGGAAUUACGUCUACCGAGGCAGGCAGUGCUGGAACUUCAGACUGAAGAGUGUGAGAGAGCUUCAAUGAGCUCAUAAGAAGUAACUCAAUCCGAUAAAAGCAGACAUGAGUGACACAGUGGAGAACCUGGACACCAGGGACCUGGGGUUCUCAGAUGCUGAGGAUGAAUCUGAAGAGGUGGACUGCGAGUUCAACCCCUCAGGGGUAUCCCGUAUCCCAUUCUCUGCCGUGUACAGGACAGUUGGCUUUAAAGAGACAGAAGCACAGGUCUAUCUGAACGCUGCCCCCGUCACUGCCAAGAUCCUAGAUGUGGAACGCUUCACCAGGGCCCCGGACCGCUUCAACAUGUCCAAACACAGGAGCGUGUCCAAGGCAAUGCCAGCCGUGUUUAAGAUAGAGCUCAAACAUGGGAACUUCACCUGGAUAGUCAAGAGAAAAGAGAAGCACUUCAUGGAUCUGCACAGAGAGCUUGUGCGAUACAAGACCCUCAUGAGGAUCCCGCUGCCCACCCGAAGCCAUACAGAGAGAAGAAAGAGCAUAAAGAGGAGCGAGGUGAGGCAGAUGCCUGCACUGCCUCGGGGAGGUGGAGAUGAGUUGGCACGAGAGGAGCAAGUGUCUAGUCGGAGAGUGAGUCACUCCAACAUGCUUACAGCAGUACUAGCCCUUGAUCACAAACACUGUGUAUGUGAAUGGCAAAACCUACAUGGAGGAUGUUGCAUUUCAUUUUGGGUAAACUAUUCCUUCUAUCCCAACCGUAAUGUCCCUUAUAAAUGUCUCUCUCAGUUUGUAGACAAUUUGUGUGUUUAUGUCUUUUGCAGGAAACUAGUGCUGAAAUUCACUAGUUACAGACAUGCACGGUGGUGGGGCCAGGCCAUUGAAAGCUUUGUCCGGAAACAUGGCAAGGCCUUUUUAAGGACCCACCGCUUUGGAUCUUUCGCCAGGGAGGAGGAGAACAUACCCUCUAAAUGGUAUGUGAAUGGCAAAACCUACAUGGAGGAUGUUGCAAAUGCGCUGGAGGAGGCCAAAGAGGAGAUCUUCAUCACAGACUGGUGGCUGAGUCCUGAGAUCUUUCUGAAGAGGCCUGUAGUGGAAGGCAAUCGCUGGAGGCUCGACUGGAUUUUGAAACGCAAGGCUCGACAAGGAGUGCGGAUCUUUGUUAUGCUGUAUAAGGAAGUGGAGUUGGCGCUCGGCAUCAACAGUGAAUAUAGCAAAAGAACACUAAUGCGCCUUCACCCAGAUAUUAAGGUGAUGAGGCACCCUGAUCAUGUGUCCUCCUCUGUCUACUUAUGGGCACACCACGAGAAGAUUGUAGUCAUCGACCAAUCAGUUGCUUUCGUUGGGGGAAUUGACCUUGCGUAUGGCCGCUGGGAUGACCGUGAGCACCGACUGACAGACGUGGGAAGUGUAACACGCUGUGUUGCUCAGGGCAUGGAGCAGGGACUGGAUUCAUCCACGCCCAGGAAAAAAGUGUCCACCAGUGGAAACAGCAGCCGGUCGAUGGUCGAUGACUCAGUGGACCUGCCCAAACUAAAAGGCAUUGGCCGCACUCGCAAAACACGUUUCAGUCUGUACCAUCACAUCCAACGUGGCCUUCACCAUGCUGACAGCAUCAGUAGCAUCGACAGCACAAACAAGAGUGGCUCAGUGCACAGUCUUCAGACAGGAGUGGGAGAGCUGAUGGGAAACACUCGCUUCUGGCACGGCAAAGACUACUGCAACUUUGUGUACAAAGACUGGGUUCAGCUGGACAAGCCUUUUGAUGAUUUUAUUGACAGGUACACAACCCCCAGAAUGCCCUGGCAUGAUAUCUCCUCAGUGGUGCAUGGGAAAGCAGCCAGAGAUGUGGCCAGGCACUUUAUACAGCGCUGGAACUUCACCAAAAUAAUGAAGCCAAAGUACAGGUCACUCACCUACCCAUUUCUCCUACCCAAAUCUCACAGCACAGCCAAUGAUCUAAAGUACCAAGUGCCAGACUGUGUCCAGACCAAAGUCCAGGUUCUGCGGUCAGCUGCAGACUGGUCGGCGGGAAUCAAGCACCAUGAGGAGUCCAUUCAUAAUGCCUAUAUUCAGGUCAUUGCCAAGAGCAAGCACUUCAUCUACAUUGAGAACCAGUUCUUCAUCAGCUGUGCCGAUAACAAACAUGUUUACAACAAGAUUGGUGACGCCAUUAUUGAGCGAAUCAUCAGAGCUCACAAGGAGAAGAAGUUGUUCCGUGUGUAUGUGGUGACUCCCCUGCUGCCUGGAUUCGAGGGAGACAUUUCCACAGGAGGAGGAAGUGCACUCCAGGCUGUUAUGCAUUUUAACUACAGGACCAUGAAUAGAGGAGAGUACUCCAUAAUUGCUCAACUAAAGAAAGAAAUGGAUGACCAAUGGAUGAACUACAUCUCUAUUUGUGGACUGAGGACUCAUGCGGAGCUGGAGGGCAGACUUGUGACUGAACUCAUCUAUGUUCAUAGCAAGUUGCUCAUUGCUGAUGACAACACUGUCAUUAUUGGCUCUGCCAACAUCAACGACCGCAGCAUGUUGGGGAAGAGGGACAGCGAGGUAGCUGUGAUUUUUGAAGAUUCAGAAACGACGCCAUCAGUGAUGGAUGGUCAAGAGUACCAGGCUGGCAAGUUUGCUCUGCAGCUCAGACUGGAGUGCUUCAAAACCAUUCUUGGUGCCUUUAAUGAUCCGACCAUUGAUGUUAGUGACCCCAUCAGCAACGGAUUCUACAAAGACGUCUGGAUGAGCAUUUCGGGUAGGAACGCCACCAUCUAUGACAAGGUUUUCCGCUGUCUGCCCUCAAGUCUGGUGAGGAACAAACAGGAGCUCAUGAGCUUCCAGUCCAAACCAGGUCUUGAUAAAGAGAACCCUGUUAAAGCUCAGGAGCUUCUGGAGAAGAUUAGGGGCUUCCUGGUCCAGUUCCCAUUGGAGUUCCUCAGUGAGGAGAACCUCAUGCCCUCGGUAGGCACCAAAGAAGCCAUGGUGCCCACUGAGAUCUGGACCUGAUGGCACCAAAUGAGAAACACAGAAAAGACAAUCCACUUCCAACAUGAGGAGAAAAACAAAGACACCACUGUGGUGGACGAAACUUCAGAUGUGAAACAUCACACCAGCCGAUACGAAGGAGCAAAGGAUAUUAAGACAAACUGUCUGCCCCUCAUCAGACAACCUCCUAUUGUUUUGUACCUUUUAUCAAUGUUAUAAAUGUACAUAAUGAUAUUUUAUAAGUGAUUAUCAGCACAUAUUGUGCUUUUACUGUAAUGUAUUUAAUGAAAGUCGCCUCUCUGAGAUGCCAAACAGAAGGGCUUUUUAAAGAAAUGUUAUAAUUCUAAUGUACAUAUAAAGAGGAUUCGAUUUUUAUUGCUAUAGCUGGUUCAUUUGUAGAGGCAGCACUCAAAGUGAAGGGCAAAAUGGAGAGUGGAAGGCCUGUCAGAUAUAAUUUUGUCAAUGAGGCCCAUUCUUCAGCACGGCGUCCCCAGUGGAUGCGCAUCCGUGACAGGCUGAGUACAGUGAUAUGUGUUUUCUGUCUGGUGAACCUGCUCUUAGACCGAGUCUGCAGAGGCUUUUACUGUCCAGCCUCGCUGCCUGUGUCUAAGUGUCAGUGCUCUGGGGACACCAGACAAUCUGUCUGUAAAUUAAAGAGCUGAGUAACUGAAGGAAAUUGUUGCCUCUCAACACCAAACACCGACGUUUGGCAUCCAACCUUACAUUUUCCUCUUCACAAAUGUGGCACAGGUCGGUUUUCACAUUGUCCCUUGGUGUUUGAAUAUCAGCAGGUCAGCCAUUUUCAGCAGUUUCCCACUCAGCUUAGUUUUGGUGAUAUUUUUAAGUUUUUAGUUCUUGUGAUUUUGUUCUUUUUUC